UCUAGUGGACGGGACGUUCUUUCAACAAGCUAGUCAGACACCUCGGUAGCUUUCUGGCAAACAUAGCUACAACAUUCACGCUCUUUACACUGUUUUGGUGUUUUAAAGUUCUUUCGUUUAGCUAGUUACCUUAUUUAAUGUUAUAUGUACAUUGUUACUCGGCUAACUGGCUUAAUAAGUUAGCUUAGAGCUAGGCUAGUCGCUAAUGCUACCUAGCUAACAUCCCCGACCAUGAGUUCACUAAGCUACUCUCCUCCUGAUAAAGAAGAGGCGGUCUGCUGGACGGAGGAAGAGGGUCAGUGGCUGAACAUUGCCGUGAAAGAGGAGAAAGAAGAGGAGGAUGUCACCGUUAAAAAACAAGUAGAGGUUGAGUCUGUUCCGGUUAAAGACGAAGAGAAAGACGUUACUGUGAAAGAAGAGGAAAACUCGUUCAGAGUGAAAGGGGAGGAGGAUGUUACAGUGAAAGAAGAGGAGGAAGAGCAAGAGGCGGAUGCAGGAGAGGAGGGGGAGACGACUGUCACAUUGAAAGAAGACGACGAGGAGGAGACAGAAGAUCUGAUUAAGACCAGAGAGGGACCAGACUUUCACUCUGACAGCGGAAAGAGUCCUUCAGGGGAACCAGACCCAGAGACGCCCAAACCAGUGAGACAACACCACUGCUCCCAAUGUGGAAAGAGAUUUUCCCAAUCAGGGGACCUAAAACGGCAUGAGAGGAUACACACAGGGGAGAAGCCUUUCCAAUGUUCCCAGUGUGGAAAGUGUUUUAACCGCUUAAGCAACCUGAAGGCGCAUGAGAGGAUACACACACAUUAUUUCCAAUGUUCCCAGUGUGGGAAGCGUUUUGCCUGCUUAAGCAGGCUGAAGAGGCAUGAGAGGACACACGCAGGGGGGAAUCCUUUCCAAUGUUCCCAGUGUGGAAAGCAUUUUACCCACUUAAGGAGCCUGACUACGCAUGAGAGGACACACACAAGGGAAAAUCCUUUCCAAUGUUCCCAGUGUGGAAAGCAUUUUACCCACUUAAGGAGCCUGACUACGCAUGAGAGGACACACACAGGGGAAAAGCCUUUCCAAUGUUCCCAGUGUGGAAAGCAUUUUACCCGCUUAAGGAGCCUGGAGGAGCAUGAGAGGAUACACACAGGGGGAAAUCCUUUCCAAUGUUCCCAGUGUGGAAAGCGUUUUACCCGCUUAAGGAGCCUGGAGGAGCAUGAGAGGAUACACACAGGGGAAAAGCCUUUCCAAUGUUCCCAGUGUGGAAAGAGUUUUACCCGCUUAAGUAGCCUGAAGAAGCAUGAAAAGAUACACACAGGGGGAAAUCCCUACCACUGCUCCCUGUGUGGAAAGAGUUUUACCAACUUAAGACAUCUGAAUAAGCAUACAUCUACCAGUGCUCUCAUUGUGGAAAGACAUUUUCCCGGGCAGAGGACCUAUUGCACUAGGCUAAUCGCCCGGAACAUGAGCUCACUAAUCUCGACGGAGAAAGAAGCUCUGGUGAAAGGAGAGGAAGAAGCUUUCAGGAUGAAAAGGGAGGAAGAGGAGUCUAUCACAUUGAAAGAAGAAGAGGAUGAUAUUACAGUGAAAGAGGAAUAUGGGAAAGAGGUUGUGGAAGAGGAGGAUGUAGAAGCUUUCAGAAUCAAAAAGGAGGAAGAUGCCGUAAUUUUGAAAGAAGAGGAAGAACCUUUUGGAGUAAAAGAGGAAGAGGAGGCUAUCUCAAUUAAAGUGGAGGAGGAAGACGUUUUGGGAGUGAAAAAGGAUGAGGCUGAAAAUUCGAGAGAGAGACAUGACUAUCGUGGAUCCUCUGGGAAGCCUCAACAACAUCCUGAUGCUGACGAGGCAGAGGAGAGUCUCUCCAGAUCUGAACACCAGAUGGACAACGCUAGCCCUUCCUCCCUCCCGGAGUCCCCGUGGCGUGCCUCUCCCGGUAGCACCUUACUGCUGGGUAUGAAGAGGUUGUCUGUGCUGCUGGUGGACUGCAGGAAAACAACGGGGCUGAGUGGAACUGUGAGAGGAGGAGAAGAGAAGAAAGGAUCAGAUUUGACACAUCAAAGAGACAGACCAGGCUCAGAGGAACCAGAGCCAGGGACGUCCAAACCAGCAAGACGACACCAGUGUUCCCACUGUGGAAAGGGUUGUAACCUCUUAUGGGAGCUGAAACAACAUGAGAGAACACACACAGGGGAGAAGCCUUUCCACUGCUCCCAGUGUGGAAAAAGUUUUGGUCAUAAAGGAACCCUGAACAAACACGAGAGAAUACACACAGGGGAGAAGCCUUACCACUGCUUCCAGUGUGGAAAGAGUUUUAACCUGUUAGGGUCUCUGAAACGACAUGAGAGAUUACACACAGGGCAGAAGCCUUACCACUGUUCCCAAUGUGGAAAGGGUUGUAACCUCUUAUGGGAGCUGAAACAACAUGAGAGAACACACACAGGGGAGAAGCCUUACCACUGCUCGCAGUGUGGAAAGAGUUUUAACCAGAAAGGACACAUGAAAGCUCAUGAGAGAAUACACACAGGGGAGAAGCCUUACCACUGCUCCCAGUGUGGAAAGAGUUUUAGCCGGUUAAGGAACCUGAAAGUUCAUGAGAUAAUACACACAGGGGAGAAGCCUUACCAGUGCUCCCAGUGUGGCAAGUGUUUUAACCAGUUAGGGGCCAUGAAACAACAUGAGAGAAUGCACACAGGGGAGAAGCCUUACCACUGCUCCCAGUGUGGAAAGUGUUUCAACUGGUCAGGGGAUCUGAAAAAACAUGAGAGAUUACACACAGGGGAGAAGCUUUACCACUGUUCCCAAUGUGGAAAGGGUUGUAACUCAUUAUGGGAUCUGAAACAACAUGAGAGAACACACACAGGGGAGAAGCCUUACCACUGCUCGCAGUGUGGAAAGAGUUUUAAACUGAAAGGACACCUGAAAGCUCACCAGGAAAUUCACACUGGGGAGAAGCCUUACCACUGCUCCCAGUGUGGAAAGUGUUUCAGCCGGUCAGGUGAUCUGAAGAAACAUGAGAGAAUACACACAGGGGAGAAGCCUAACCACUCCUCACAGGGUGCAAAGCUUUUGCCCAUUUAGGAAGCCUGAAAGAACACAUGAGACUGCACACAGAGGAGAAGGCUUACAAAAGCUCAGACUGUGGGAAAAUAUAUUACUCAUAUUACUCGUAACAUAUUACACUUAAAUGUCAUUAGAGAAUCUACACAGGAGAGAGAAAUUACUUCUCUUAGCGUGUAUAUUGAUAUUUCACAUCACAUUGACUUAACAUUCAUCAGAGAACAUACACCGUGUGUAUGUCUUAUAUUGUUGACUGACAAUGUGUUUACCUGUCUUUACCAUAUGAAAUUAAAUGGUACAGGGUAUACUCAAACAUAUAUUGGUUUGUUUUUAUUAGAAAACAUUACCAUAUUAAAUUGUUUCUUCCAAUUAUUGAUAAACCUGUACCUGUUAAGAAACUGACUGUUAGAACUGUUAAGGCUCCAUGGAUCGAUGAGGAAAUGAAAAACUGUAUGUUUGAAAGAGUUGGGGGGAAAAGGAAGUGGCUAAUAAGUCUGGCUGUUUUAUGUACUGCAAAUUGAGAAAUGAUGUGACCAAACUCAACAAAAAGAAGAAGAAACUUUAUUGUGAAGCCAAGAUCAAUGAUAUAAAGAAUGAUGGGAAGAAAACAGUGAGUUAUAUUCAUGCAUAAAAAAAACAAAUAAUGAAAGAAAUAUAAUCAUGUAACCAAAUAAUUGAUUAAAACAUACUAUUUUG